CUAUUUUGUGUGACUGUGAAAUCACAGGGCACUUCCCUAUUGUAAGGCCCCUCCUCCUCUUGUUUAGACUCGGGCUGUUCCCUGAACUCCCUCACCGUUAUAAGUACAGUGAGAUCAGAGCAAGUUUCAGGCACUCGUGUCCCGGGGAGCAACAUGUCUUUCGGUCCCAUUAACAACCCUCCUGUUCCCUUUACAUUGCCACUGUCCCAUGGCCUCCAUGAUGGGUUUUUGGUGGUCAUUAGCGGAGUUGUCUGUCCUUCAGGAGACAGGUUUAAUAUAAACUUUCAGUGUGGUCACUCUUCGAAUGAUGAUGUUGCCUUCCAUUUUAACCCCCGAUUCAUUGAUGGCGGAAUUGUUGUGUGCAACACCAAAGAGCGUAAUAGCUGGGGGAGGGAGGAAAAUAAGCGGGAAAUGCCUUUUCACAGACAUCAGCCUUUUGAGAUCCGGAUCCUUGUUUCCAACCACAGUUACAACGUUUCUGUGAACAGGAAUCACUUUGUGGAAUACCAUCACCGGAUCCCAAUCCAAAGAGUUAAUACACUGACCAUAGGGGGAUGUGUUAACUUAACAUGUGUCCAUGUACAACAGCAAGGGGGUGGCUUCCCUCCUCAACACUUUCCUGGUGCACCCACAUUCAGUCCCCAUCAACCAGGAUACCUUCCUCAACAAUUCCCACCUGGAGGUGCAUUCAAUCCGCAAGUUUAUGCAAUUCCAUACCAAACUAAAAUCCAUGGAGGUUUUUUUCCUUCCAAGAUGAUUGCUGUCAGGGGAACAGUCCCUGCACACCCAAAAAGGUUUCAUUUAAACCUCAAAUUCCAUGGCGGCACAGCAUUGCACUUCAACCCGAGGUUUGAUGAGCACACAAUUGUACGGAACAGUCACCUGAAUGGCAGCUGGGGCAAAGAAGAGCGCAAUCUACCAAGUGGGAUGGUCUUUUCACCAGGACAGAGCUUUGUGAUUGAAAUAAGAUGUGAGCAACACGCUUUCAAGGUGCAUGUGAAUGGAGCCCAUAUAUGUGACUUCAAUCACCGUGUGCACAGCCUGCAGCAGAUAGACACCUUGCAGAUUGAAGGAGAUGUUGUCCUACAGCAUGUGCAGGUCUAGCAGCGGAUCAACAAUAGAAAAAUUGGAAGAUAAAUAAGUUUCUUAUCUUAUACGCUUGCUUUAAACAGUGUAGGGUGUUGAUUUUUACCUAAGGUCUGGUAUUGGAGUAAAAUAUUAGACCUGUAGAUUUUUAUGGGAGAAUUUAGUAACGGACACAAUGGCUGUUAUUUUUUAUGCUGUGUAAAACACCAAAAUAAAGUGUAAAAAAACUGUGUAAAAUAAUUGGCAAAUUUAUCAAGGUGUGUCUUAUUUUGCACCACCUGUGUGCCAGAUAUUUUUCAAUAUCAGCAGUUUUGUUGUCAUUUUUUACACCACAUAAAAAAUCUGCCCCAAAGUGUACACCAGGUCUAUUAACCCAUUGCAACCAAUCAGGGUAUUGGUUACAAACAGGUGAGCAAUAAAUGCUUCUGAUUGGUGGCCAUAGGUUACUAGAAUUUGAGUAAACCGAACAUUCCUGUAUGAAUGUGAGCCACCAUGUUGCUUACAGUAAAGGGACAGUUCACUUUUAAAUUAAUUUUUGGUAUGAAGUAGACUGUGGUAUUUAGAGACAACUUCUUAUAGGUUAUAGUUUUUUUUUAGCUAUUUGUUCAGCAGCUCUUCAGUUUGGAAUAUCAGCAGCUAUCCAGUUGUUUGGGUCCAACUUGAAUAUAAAUAGGAGAGACCCUGAAUAGAAAGAUAACAAAAAAAGAAAAUCAUUUACAAAUUUUAAAAACAAAAAUUGAAAUUAAAAAGCUGCUUAGAACUGGGCAUGAUAAAGGGCAUACUAAAAACUAACAUAAAGGUAAAAAAAACCCUUUAAACGCAGUCCUCCUGCAACCUCUGAGUCUUUAGGUUUACUAAGUGUAUCCGUAAUAUAACAUCUCUGUUUCACACUACCUGAUGCUAAGACCUGUAAAGAAAUAAUUUAUAUAGACUUUUUAAAUAGUGAACCUUUUUAAAACCAACACUACUCCACUCGAAACAGAUGAGAAUGGAAAAUCUUGUUAUAUUAGCAAACAUUUGAAGAGAUGGAGUCAGUUUUAUAUAAAUAUGUAUUCCCCAUGAUGUAUAUUUACAUGAUAAUGUUCACAAUAAGUAAAAGUGAUAUAAUAAAUAAGCAGCUAUACAAGUUGGUACUCAUGCACCAUUCAUAGGAUGGGAAUAGAGCAGAACUGUGUUAGUUUGAAGUACAGGAAACCUUGCCUUUCAAAAUGGUUGUAACCCAUAAGUACACCGUAUUCAAUUAUUUGCAUAUAUGUAACUUGGCUCACAAUAAAUCUGCAUUAUCAAAAGAA